CUUCAGAUUCCCUUCUCUCCCCUCGGUUUUGUGCUUUUGUAUGUGUUUGUUUCCUCCGCUUUGUUUCACAGAGGUAUCGGCAGGAGCCCUGUUCUCUUCAUAAGAGGAACUGUCGACAGCUGUUGAAAAGUUUGAGGAAGCAGGUUCUUAAUUUCCUGUCCUGUUGAUUUCCAUUGCUUUUUGCUUCGUGUGGUUCUCGAGUUUUGUUUGGAGGUGCUCAAAAUCUCUUUCUUUAUUUUGAUCUCUGACGAUCAUGAUUGGGCAGUUUCUUGGGGUUGGAGUUUUUCGUGCUGCCCAAUUUGGUGGUGGGAACAGGGGAGUGAUGCUGUGAAUUCAGCUGAACAGAGGGCCCUUUUUGUUGUCUUGUCUUGGGGGGGUUUCUUUUGGAUGGCGAGGUUAUGCUGUUUCAAGUCUCAGCGUGCAGGAGUUCAAUCCUCUGCUUCUGGUAAAGGAAGAAACAUUGAAGGGCUGAUCAAGUAUGGUUUCAGCCUAGUAAAAGGGAAAGCCAAUCAUCCCAUGGAGGACUAUCAUGUUGCCAAGUUCAUGCAAAAGAAAGGGCAUGAGUUGGGGCUUUUUGCUAUAUAUGAUGGCCAUUUGGGGGACAAGGUCCCCAUGUACCUGCAAAAGCAUUUGUUUUCCAACAUCUUAAAGGAGGAAGAGUUCUGGGUCGACCCUAAUAAGUCUAUUUCGAAAGCUUAUGAGAAGACAGACGAGGCGAUUCUCUCCAGUAGUUCAGACUUGGGACGUGGUGGUUCGACUGCUGUGACGGCAAUACUGAUAAAUGGCCAACGACUAUUGGUUGCUAAUGUUGGAGAUUCACGAGCAGUUCUCUCAAGAGGGGGUCGAGCUCUACAGAUGAGUAUUGAUCAUGAACCCAGUACAGAAAGAGGGAGCAUUGAACAUAGAGGUGGCUUUGUCUCGAACAUGCCAGGGGAUGUCCCUAGAGUUAACGGACAGCUGGCAGUUUCUCGUGCUUUUGGAGACAAGAGCCUGAAGUCACAUUUACGCUCGGACCCUGACGUUAGAAUCGUCAAUGUGGAUGUCAAUAUGGAUGUAUUAAUCCUUGCAAGUGAUGGUCUUUGGAAGGUGAUGAAUAAUCAAGAGGCAGUUGAUAUUGCUAGAAGGAUCAAAGAUCCAGAAAAGGCAGCUAAAGAGUUGACUGCGGAAGCUUUGAGAAGGGACAGCCGAGAUGACAUAUCUUGUGUAGUCGUCAGAUUUAGAGGUUGAUACAGUCUGAUAUUAAACUGCUCGGCAGCUUCAGUACAUACCAACAGAUGAGAGAUUUUCACUGUUUGUGAAGGAUUGGUAUGAUUUAAGUGAUUGUGGAUCGUAUUCUCGGCCCAAUUAGCUCCUUUUGCCAAUCUCUUGAAGGGUGCGGAAUUGGCAAGGGAUCAAGCAGGUGCAGAAAGGUUUCUGCUGUAUAUUACAUUCUUUAUUUUAUGGUGAAGUUGGUUCUGGUGCCGGAGGAUUUCUCUCCUUUUCUUUUUUAAAUCUGUUGCAUAUUUCUGAACCUAGGAAAGAGGACAGAUUUUGUCCGGAGGAUUAGACUUGUAUUUGCUUGUGAUUGAAGGACUAAUAGAUGUUCCUCUGAUUGUCAUAUUUGUAUUGGGAAAGUCUCCUUCAAAUCUGAAAUUCAAGUCGUUUACU